AUGGUUGUGAAACAUACAAUGGUCGGUCCCCGCGAUGGUCUGCCGCCUCAUCGUGGCGUGAUUCUGGGUGUCAAACUGCGAACUAAGAGUAGGCCAUGCCAGAAGCCUACCGUCCUGCUGGUUAAGUCGCUGGGUGGUUCCGUCAUCCAUAUAGGUCAGCGAUUGGCUGUGGUGAAAGCUUGGCAAGGCCCUGGCAAGUCACUGCUACCCAGCACACUGGAUCGUAUCCACGGCGUCGGAUGUCAUCAAGAGCAGUGUCAGGUUGCACAGGACGCCAUGAAUUUCGGACCAAAAGGACACGUCAACACUCGCCAUAGAAAUUCUCAUGCCCUGCACCUACAACGCCAGGACUCCACCAACGCCGAUCUUCAAGCGCUUCUCGAAGCUGCAAGACGCACUAACUACCACGUAAUCUCCUUGCAGGAAACAAAGUCCAGAAAGACGGACGUGAGGCAGGAUCAGGAAAUUUGGAUCAGAACUCCGGAACAAGCUGGAAAAGAAGAUUAG